AUGUCUCCGCUGCUCGGCGUCUGGUGCCAGAAAUGGCCACAUCGCGGCGCCUGGUACCUGCUGGCCGGGGUGCUGGAUGUACACGCCAACUGGGCCGUGGUGACGGCCUACUCGUGGACCAGCAUCACCAGCAUCCAACUCCUCGACUGUCUCUCCAUUCCCACCUGCCUGUUGCUCAGUUGGGCCUGCCUUGGCCGGCGGUACACACGUCUGCAACUGAUCAGUGUCGUCUGUUGCCUAGUCGGCGUCGCGGGUAUGGUUUACGCCGAUUACCUCAACAGACCACACGACUCGGUUGCCACGGCCUCCAAUCUGACUGAAGUGAGGGCCAAUUGUUAUGCAAUCUCAUCUGCUUUGCUCACCAAGCGAUUGUGGAAAAGACCGACGAUCAGUCCUUAA